CAGGGUGGGAGCAUGAUCCAGGUGUGCGCCCCAGAUUCACAGAUCUUCCCCAGGUGAGAUGCAAAAAGCCAGGUCCUACCUGCGUGUAGGGAGAGCUCAGGGCUGAUGCACUUGCUCUGUAGGAGGCCUCGCCGGUUUCGAUCCCCAUCUGGCAGCUCCCCCAGGGUGACCCCUGAGCAUGGCUGGCUGUGGCCCAAACACCAAAACCAUUCCCCCCCCCUAAAUCUUACAGAGCCAGGGAGGAUGAAAGUGGGGGGAAACGCCAAGAUUCGUGAAACACACACACAGGAUGGGGUUCAGUGGUCCUGUUCGGUUGAUCCUUGGCUAGGGGGUCUCCCGGGCUCCCACCACCCAGGGCUCAGGCCAAGUGGGGAGGGUGGCCCUCCCUGGGACCCAGCAGAGCCUCCUGCCUUUCAAGGGUUCUAGAAAUGGUGUUGAAAAUUCACCACAUCCCAUAUGUUCAUGCUUAGCAGCUAAUUAAAACGUUCUUUAAUUAGCAGAGCGGGAUCCCGCAGCGCUGGCGAACUCGGACCCCCAGCACGGCCUCAGUUUCCUCGUCUGUAAAGUGGGAAUGUGGACAGUGCAGAGGGUGGGGCCCAGCAGGAACUGGAAACCCUCAGGGGGGCUGCAUUCAUCGCAGGCAUCCUUAUUUUGGGGGAGCUGGCUGGGAGGGGAGACAGGCACCACCCCUCUGCUUGGGGGAUAAGCCCUGAGGAUGCUGGGAGGCCAGGGAAUGUCCCCCCACCUCGGGGCCCGGGAGGAGGGGCAGUAGCUCGGGAGGAGGCCUAGCUGGUGCCUGGUGCAUAGUAGGUGCUCCGUAAAUGUUUAUUGAAUGAAUGAAUGGAGGCCGUGCAGGCCGAGCAUGCGCAGGCACUGGUGGAAAGCGGGGCGCAGGAGAUCGGUGACAGUUGGGUACUCUAGCUGCCCGCCCCCGGCUCUCACGCUCCCCCCUCCCGGCUCUGCACUCCAGCCUCCCGAGGGAAUCAUCUGAACUGCUGAGACCUGAACAGGAGGAGGAAGAGGAAGAGGAGGAGGAGGAAGAAGAAGCAGAAGACCAGCUGCACCAGAGCCUGGCCACCUUGUAGGCGAGGAGAAGCCCAUGGGCGCAGAUUGUGGGGUCUGCUGCCGUCGUGCACAGAGCCUGCUGGUAGCAACCCUCCCACCCCACCACCAAAAGCCACUGACCCUCAGGGCUUAGCUUUGCUCCUCUCCCCUGGGGCCCCUGAGUUGGGGGUCGCCCCCAAGAUGGUGGCGGCCCCAGGGAGGACUGUGCUGCCCGCUUGGGCCUUGGGCCUCUAGACAUCCUCCCCCAUUGCGCCCUGCAGCAUUGUGCCCGGCCUGGCCUGCGAGAGGCCAUGGUGCGUCUGGGGCUGUGUGCCGUCACCGCCGCCGCCGCCACGCUGCUGUGCGUGUGCUGGCCGGGCACCGUGCGUGCCGACUGCUGGCUCAUCGAGGGCGACAAGGGGUACGUGUGGCUGGCCAUCUGCAGCCAGAACCAGCCCCCCUACGAGACCAUCCCGCAGCACAUCAACAGCACCGUGCAUGACCUGCGCCUCAACGAGAACAAGCUCAAGGCCGUGCUCUAUUCCUCGCUCAACCGCUUCGGCAACCUCACCGACCUGAACCUCACCAAGAACGAGAUCUCCUACAUCGAGGACGGCGCCUUCCUGGGCCAGUCCAGCCUGCAGGUGUUGCAGCUGGGCUACAACAAGCUGAGCAACCUGACGGAGGGCAUGCUGCGUGGCAUGGGCCGCCUGCAGUUCCUCUUCGUGCAGCACAACGUCAUCGAGGUGGUGACGCCCGCCGCCUUCUCCGAGUGCCCCAGCCUCAUCAGCAUCGACCUGUCCUCCAACCGCCUGAGCCGCCUGGACGGUGCCACCUUCGCCAGCCUCGGCAGCCUCAUGGUGUGCGAGCUGGCAGGCAACCCGUUCAACUGCGAGUGCGACCUCUUCGGCUUCCUGGCCUGGCUCGUGGUGUUCAACAACGUCACCAAGAACUACGACCGGCUGCAGUGCGAGGCCCCUCGUGAGUUCGCCGGCUACCCGUUGCUGGUGCCCAGGCCGUACCACAGCCUCAACGCCAUCACCGUGCUGCAGGCCAAGUGUCGCAAUGGCUCGCUGCCCGCCAGGCCUGCCAGCCACCCCACGCCCUACUCCACCGACUCACAGCGGGAACCCGACGAGAACUCGGGCUUCAGCCCCGACGACCUGCUGUCCGUGGAGCCUCCGGCUUCGUCCUCGUCCACCACCGACGCUGCCACUGGCCCGGCCAUCAAGCUGCACCAUGUCACCUUCACGUCGGCCACGCUGGUGGUCAUCAUCCCGCACCCUUACAGCAAGAUGUACGUCCUGGUGCAGUACAACAACAGCUACUUCUCCGACGUCAUGACGCUCAAGAACAAGAAGGAGAUUGUCACCCUGGACAAGCUGCGGGCCCACACCGAGUACACCUUCUGUGUCACCUCCCUGCGCAACAGCCGCCGCUUCAACCACACCUGCCUCACUUUCACCACGCGAGACCCGGUGCCCGGAGACCUGGCACCCAGCACGUCCACCACCACCCACUACAUCAUGACCAUCCUGGGCUGCCUCUUCGGCAUGGUCAUCGUCCUGGGCGCCGUCUACUACUGCCUGCGCAAGCGACGCUCGCAGGAGGAGAAGCAGCGCUCGCUCAAGGUUAAAAAGACCAUCUUGGAGAUGCGUUAUGGCGCUGACGUGGAUGCGGGCUCGGUGGUUCACGCGGCGCAGAAACUCGGCGAGCCCCCCGUGCUGCCUGUGGCUCGCAUGGCUUCCAUCCCUGCCAUGAUCGGGGAGAAACUCCCCAGCGCCAAGGGGCUGGAGGCCGGGCUGGACACCCCCAAGGUGGCCACCAAGGGCAACUACAUCGAGGUGCGCACGGCCACCGGAGGAGGAGGAGGUGACGGCCUGGCCCGGAAUGAGGAGGACCUCCAGGACUUAGAGAACGGCCAGGGCUCUGCGGCUGAGAUCUCCACCAUCGCCAAGGAGGUGGACAAGGUCAACCAGAUCAUCAACAACUGCAUCGACGCGCUCAAGCUGGACUCGGCCUCGUUCCUGGGGGGCGGUGGAGGCAGCGGUGGCACGGACCCCGAGCUGGCCUUCGAGUGCCAGUCGCUCCCUCCGGCCGCCACCGUGUCCUCCACCGGCGUGCCCACGGGGCUCGAGCGGCCCAGUUUCCUGUCACCCCCGUACAAGGAGACCUCGCACCAUCCCCUGCAGCGACAGCUCAGCGCCGAUGCCGCCGUGGCACGCAAGACCUGCAGUGUCUCUUCCAGUGGGUCCAUCAAGAGUGCCAAGGUAUUCAGCCUCGACGUGCCCGAGCAUCCCGCGGCCGCGGGGCUGGCCAAGGGGGACUCCAAGUACGUAGAGAAGGGCAGCCCGCUCAACAGCCCGCUGGACCGGCUCCCGUUGGUGCCCACGGGCAGCGCUGCGGGCAUCCACCACCUGGAGGUGAAGCCAGCCUACCAUUGCAGCGAGCACCGGCAUAGCUUCCCCGCGCUCUACUACGAGGAGGGCGCGGACAGCCUGAGCCAGCGCGUGUCCUUCCUCAAGCCGCUGACCCGUGCCAAGCGGGACUCGGCCUACUCGCAGCUCUCCCCCAGACACUACUAUUCGGGCUACUCCUCCAGCCCCGAGUACUCGUCCGAGAGCACCCACAAGAUCUGGGAGCGCUUCCGACCCUACAAGAAGCACCAGCGCGAGGAGGUGUACGUGGCUGCUGGCCACGCGCUGCGCAAGAAGGUCCAGUUCGCCAAGGACGAGGACCUGCAUGACAUCCUGGACUACUGGAAGGGGGUCUCGGCCCAGCAGAAGCUCUGAGCUUGCACACCCCCUCACUCUCUCCUCCCUGGGGGAGGUGGGCACGGGAUGGGCCCGAUGGGUGCACACGAGAGCUUGGAACAAGCAGGGAGUCGUGCACGCUUGGCAGGGGUCCACCCUGGGCAGGGGCGCAGUGGCUGGGUUGGGGCAAGGGGCAGGGGCAGGGGGCACGCGCCCCGGACUCACACGCACACCCGCACGCACGCACGCUCGCACACACCUGACCACCACCUGACUGUGAACCAUCACCCGACAAUAACGGACUGGGAAAACAGACACGUUUCCUUCAAGUUUACACUCUGAUGCCGAAACAUUCAACAUUUUACUGUGCUGGCCCCCGG